AUGCAGGACACAUACAAUGCACGGCGUAAAGGGCCAUCAUUUUCUUCGUCUCUCCUCGAUGCCAUUUACCAUUCCAUCGAUGACGCUACAGAGCAACAAGAAAUGGAAGACUUUGUUCUCCAAAGAAGAAACAAUGCUGCAAGAGUCCAAGAAGAUAUUGAAAGCCUACGACGAGCAAUCAUGGUAGAGAACUGGAUGGAAAACUACUGCACCAGCCACUUUUCGUCAAACUCAGCCUCAUCAACAGAUUCCAGCAUCUUCUCGUCAUCUUCUGAUCAGACAGAAUCCUGCAAAAGCAUCUUCUCAUCGUCUCAACGUAAUUCUGAAAUCCCCGUGAGGGAGAGGCCUUCACAGGUUGACAGGCAAAAAUGCCAAGGAAGGUUCACGGGGACAAAAUCCAGGGCAUGGAAGAACGUUUGCGGAGACCUGAAGAAGGUGAAAGAGCCCAUUUCACCGGGGGCUAAAAUCGCCAACUUCUUGAAUUCCAUAUUCAGUCCAAGAAACUUGAACAAGAAUCAUCAGGUUCAGGGCCUGGAAGAAUGGAGCUCGAUGAGGAAACCAAGAUCAGUGAAGAAUCCAACAACAUGCUCAAGAUCUUGCUUAAGCAAAAAACCUAAGAGGUCUGUCAGCAUCAUUCUUGAUCAAGACUGCCAGCCAUACAAUGAGGAACAUUCAAUUGUUGCAUCUGUGCCAACAAUAGGCAGCAAGUUUAUCAAGAAAAACAUUGAAAAUCUGGGGCACAGGCUCUACGAGGGGAAGAAUCUAAGAGAACAUGAUCUCAGAGAUUACUGUCACAAGGAGCUUGAUGUGGAUGACAUGAGUUGCACAAGCUCUGACCUCUUUGAGCUUGAAAACAUUGGCAGGGUCGGGACCAGAACGUAUGAAGAACUGCCUGUGUAUGGAACCACAAGCCUGAAAAUCAAUCAGGGCUUUGCUGGUCGGCUGAUCAUCUAA